UAUCCAUAUUUCUCACAAUGAGCCAAUCAGAUGUUUCGUUCCUUGAAUACCCUCUAUGACUUCAGCAAAAUGGUCGAAGCAGAGCUUUUGACUCGUGGAUGGCAUCUUUCUAAAGAUGGGAUUGAGCGAUGCAAGGAUGGAGUGCCUGCUAUGUCAGUGGAUGCUCUUACAAAGAGAGCUCUGGAUAUUGACCUGAAGCAGAUUGGGUCCAAUGCCCUUCCAGCAGACAUUGGCAAGGCAAAAUCUGACAAGAUCCAGGGUCCAUAUGUGUUGCAGAUUCAGAAAGUGCGUAACAUAGGAGCACCCAAGGCCAAUGAGGAGUCUUCUAUGGCUCCUACACUUCUAAGACUUCAGCUUACUGAUGGUCAUACCACAUGCCUUGGGGUUGUUAUGGAAACAAUAUCCCAAAUUAGUCUGAACACUCCCCCUGGUACCAAAGUGUUAUUAAAGGGCAGUGUGGACAUGACCAAUGGAUUGCUCAUGUUAUCACCCUCAACCCUGAAGGUCUUGGGUGGUAGAGUGGAGGAUAUGGUAGAGAGAUGGGAAGUAGCCAAGCAACUGGCUCACCAUACAAGGACGACUCUGGUUGGAGAAGGUGCACCGCCCCCAUGGGUACCAUUUGGUCAACGUCAUCGGGUUCAAAACCACUCUGACAGUAGGCAGAAGAUAGAUGGACCAGGCAAGAAGCGCACCCUGAACCUUGAUAAGAACCGGGAGCAGACCGAUCAGGAUCGAGAGUUUGAGGAGCAGAGAAAAGCAGCUAUCAAAGAACUGGACCAGGCCAGAGGUCAAGGAGGAAAGAAGUUUGGAGGAGGGGGUACCAAGGCAGGAGGUCAGGAUAAUGACACAAAGGAAAAUCAGGGUGGAACCAGAUCAAGCUAUUCAGACAGGAGAGGAACUGGGUCAAGUGGAGGUGCACUUAGUGAAAACAAUAGGAACAGUCAGUCUUUUGCAAACUAUAGAGAACUGGGUUAUGAGAAAAAGCCAGAUGACAAGUCGAUAUCACAGCUUGUCAGCAUGGGAUUCUCCAAGGAGGAUGCUGUAGCUGCCCUGAAGAAGCACUCGGGAAACCUUGAUGCUGCAGUAGACUCUCUGGUGGGAGGGGGAAGUAACCAAACCAGUGGUGGCAGCGGUGGGAUAACUAAUACAUCAAAUACUAGAAGUAGCUCUGGACCACCACAGAGGGGAAGGGACAGGCCAGAAAGGGGAUCAGGUGGAUUCAAAGGUCGCAGAGGGAGGCGUGGUGAUGAUGAUGAGGAUGAGGAUGCUCCCUCUCAGCCUUCUGCUCCUACAACUCUCUUUGACUUCCUGGAAUCCAAGCUUGGUCCAACUAAAGCAGAAGCAUACAAACCUAAAGAAAAAAAUAGCAGAGACCAUGGAGAGAAAAAUGACCGUUCAGGCCGUUACGAAAGGGAACAGUCCAAAACAGGCAGGGAUGCUAGUGGAAAUAACUUUACCCAUAAUGUCCGGGAGACGCCACCUAGAUUCCAGAAGCUACAAGCUCAGAAACAAGCCCAGAGACAAAUGGGGGACAACCAACCAGGAAACAAAGACAAUCGAGGUGGUAGGAGAGGGGAUAGACAGGAUAGGUAUGAUGAUCGAAGGAGAGAUGGGAAGAAGAAUAACGAAUGGACUAAUGAUAAGGAGGAUGCAUCCCAAGGGUAUAAGAAUGAUUCAAGGUUUAGGAACGAGAGAAAAGACGGAGGGUAUCAAGAUAGGAAUGAUAGAAGGUUUGAUGGACAAUCACGGGGUAGUAAAGCAGAUGAGUAUCAGAAUGAUAAGGGAUACCAGGGAAGGGACAGGAACAGUAGACCCGAAAGGUUCCAAUCUGAUAGGGGAAGGAGCUCCCAGAAAGAUGGCUACCAGAAUGACAAUGGCUACCAAGGACGUGGUAAUCGCCGAUACGAUGGCCAGGGAAAGUCUGGCGAUUCAAGUAGGUACAACAGCAGUAAGAAUGAUAAUACCCCUGAAAAGACAUACCGACUUAUGGAGAGAAAGAAAGACAAUGUUCCAGCGCAGGAGGAAAGUCAAUCUACAAAGAAGAGCAAUGGAAAAGAAACAUCUCAGCAGGAUGGUGUUGGGAACUGGAAAGGGCUUGGUCAAGAGGAGAAUGCCGUGAAGAAUCAGGUUAAUAGUAGAUCAGACUUCCAGCCUCUGAACCAGCAGUCACAACCAUUUAUACCUCAGCAACAGAUGGUUAGUGAUGCAGGGAGGAGGGUUGCUGAUACAACCAACCAGGGUUUGAACCAAGGACCUGUGGUGAGGACUAAAGUCAUGACCAAUGGACCAGAAAUGAUUCCUCAGGGUCAAGGCAUGCCUAUGUUACCGUUUAAGGAAGGAGAUCACUGCCUUUCAAAGUACUGGGAGGAUGGCAAGUUUUAUGAGGCACAAAUAACUGCCAUUCAUCCAUCAGGGAAAACUUGUAUGGUGAAGUUUGUAGAAUAUGGAAACUUUGAGGAGGUGCUAAUCACUGAUAUAAUGCCAUCUCCUGAUCAGCCCUGGACUGCGCCUCCACCACCAAUAGCUGCAGUACAUCACCAACAACAGCAGCAGCCCCCGCAGCAGCAACAGUUCAUGACUCCUGCCCCGCCCUACCCCCAACACUACCAACAACCCCCACCCAUGGCACAGCUUGUCCCUGGUCAAACGCCACUGGUGCCAGACUACGGCAACUAUGACGGGUCGAUGAACAUGACCCUGGAGUUCCGGAAAGGAGGUGAUGGGCCGUUUGUCUCCAAGCAGGGCCAGGAUCCUGGAGGAUACAGGAACGAUAGGCGGAAUCAGAGACCGGCUCAAGCUUUCUACCAACCUCCGCCCAGGAGGUGAUGGAAUAGAUCUUAAUAUGAACUUUAGAGUGACAGUCUCGAGACUAAGGUUGAUUAAAUGCUCUGUCUUGCUGUCACAACUUGUUUGUGGAAUUAAAGCUAGGGAUGGGUAAUCUACAUCAUAUGGAUAACAACUGCUUUGCUAGUGCUAUAAACAAAUUUUUGGUAUUUAAUCUUUGGACCUUCAGAUAAAUUGAAUGUAUCUCUCUCAUAUCUCUUGCAUACAUACUUCUUCAGAUUAUUUUCGGAGUAUAUCAUGGAUGAGAUGUUGAAAUGAUCAUUUUAGCUGGAAGGUCCUCACAAUUCUGAGUCCUCAUGAAUCCUGAUAGGUUUGGUCUACAGGAAAAUUGUUGGACAAAUUCUGAAAACAUAUAUAUGCCAUUGUUGAAUUAUGUACUCAAUAAAUUAAUAUUAUAAUAAUUUUCAUUCUUAGUGUUCAAUACAUA